AUGAAAAAGGAAGAUGUACGACAUGACUACAAUGACAAUGAGGAGCAGCAAGAAGAUAACAGGGAAAGUGAAGAUGGUGAAAGUGACUCUACUGAAAGUUAUGAUCUAAAUGAGGAAGUAGGUGAUGAAAGUAAGGAUUUCAUUGAUGAUGGAGAUAAAGAUUACAUUGAUGAUGGAGAUGAGGAUUUCAUUGAUGAUGAGGAUGAGGAUUUCAUUGAUGAUGAGGAAGCCUUUUCUGAGAAUGAAAAUGAGGAUUUUUCUGAUGAUGAGGGCAGUGAUUACAGUGAAGAAGACACUGAUGAUUAA